CGUUGACGCCUGUGCAGCUAUCAACUUCCGCCAGCUGAUGACACAAUCCCAGUGCAAUAUAGAUGAUGGUAGAUCCGUAUUUUAAGAACUUUUAUUUAAUGUCCGCCACCUUUUUUAAAAGUAUAGGGACAUCACAAUGAAUGGAGUAAGGUCAAUUUACAAUCUUAUGUUUGGGAGGCAUUUAUUUUUAACAAACACAAUAAGUGCCGGCGUGUUGUUAGGAGCUGGAGAUUCCAUUGUUCAGACUUUUGAAGGUAGACGGAUAAAAAAGAAAGGUGGGGAAUGGGCAAGAGACUGGAAAAGAACAGGUCGUAUGGUUACGAUUGGGCUAGUCCUGCAAGGCCCAGCCAGUCAUGCUUGGUAUAGCUUCCUAGACAGAAUUCUGAGAGGGACACAAUUUAAAACCAUUGCAAAGAAAAUACUUCUGGACCAAAUAUUUGCCUCACCUUUUUUUGCUUUUGGCUUUCUUAUGGGAAUGGGUCUUUUAGAAGGGCAGUCAUGGGACAAGGGGGUACAGGAAUUUAAGUCCAAAUUUUGGACAGUUUAUAUGGCUGAUUGGACAGUAUGGCCAGCUGCUCAGUGCAUCAACUUUUAUUUUCUACCUCCUAAGCUGAGAGUGAUAUAUGUAAACUUUGUAACAUUAGGAUGGGAUGUAUUUUUAUCAUAUAUAAAGCAUGAGUUCAAGAAGGAUCAGGAUUGAUGACAGUUCUUAGAUUUUGGUUAUGUAGGCAAGAAUUACCACAUCAGGGUGAAAAGUUCUCUACCACCUUAGACCAGAAACUUCCAUGUAUGACGUUGUUAGGUCCAGAAAUAUUGAAAAUAAUUAUUUCCUCUUAAAUGUUUUAGCAUUGAGAUAAGUCAAUAAAUUUUAAACAUCUCUGUCUGCAUUGGACAUUUGGAUUUCACUCAAAAUGUAUACAGAUCGAUUACCUGUAGUAAUAUCCAGGUUACUCAUGUAACCUGCAGGCCGCGUAUGUAUGUAUCUCAGAUGAUUUGUAGUGUCCAUAAAGAUUUGGUGUGCUAUUUAUUCAAUCAGGGACUUAUUGGCAUUAUUAUUAAUGAUAUUUUAUUAUAGGGAUUUAAUAGCUGCAAUGUUAUAAAUUUUGCAUAUUUCAAAAUAUAUGUAAAUGUUUGUUCUUGAUGUAUUUAUUGUUAUUCAACAACUUUUAUAUUUCAUGUUGAUAUAAUGUCUUUGAAACUGAAUCG